AUGCAUUCCGGAGAAAUAGCGUUUCACAUUGUGAAGUCUCGAUUUCCAGCAGAAGGGAGCUGUGUCGCAGGUCGUGCAGCACGACGGGGCGCGUUUACGAGCUUUCUGUCUUUUGAACGCGCUCGAGAAAUCGCACGUAAAUCGGGUUUACGAAAAGCAGAAGGUUGGUGUGCAUGGCACAAGCAAAAUCGGCCGCGUGGAGUUCCAGCUCGGUCUGAUGUGGUAUACGCAAACUCUGGAUGGGCGGGAUAUGGGGACUUUCUUGGAUACGCAAGCCCAUAUACUGGACGUGCUCGUAGGAACUGCCGUCCACGACGCUUUUGCCUGGAUGAAUCGUCGAUGAAUCAAGAUGCUGUGUUGGUCGCGCACGAAAGAUACAAAGCAAGGGGCUUCGCGAUCAACUUGGUGCGAGAUGAAAUUCGGAAAUACAAGGAGACUGCUAACUCGACAGUCGAGAUUGAUGUGGCGGCCAUGCCUCUUGGGUGCCUGGCUCAGUUCUUGUUUCGCAUCCGCACCUCUGCAGCUUCCCAAGAUGGCCAAGACGGCGACGCGGAUCGGUGGAUGCCCUUGGUGUUGCGGUAUUCAACGGCGCCGCCAGUGCGAGCGAGGAUCACGCCGCGGAACAGCAUCGCUGAGGAAGCUUCUCCUACAGCUAUUUCCGGCGUGACUUCUUCUUCAUCUUCUGCGACCGAGGAGAAACAGCCGAAUCCGCUACAUUAUAGAUUCAAUCGACGGUGCGGCGGAUUCAAACAAGAUUUCUUACAGUGCGGUCCGGUUUUGUGCGUCGCUCCACAAGAUCGCAAGGUCUUCGGCCUGGAUUCAAAAGAGUACUUCAGCCGCCGCGGACGAGGAUCUCUCUUUAGCGUCUCACCGGACUCCGCGUUAAGUGGUAUGCAGCUCUGCAAGUUUCUACAGACCCAGUGGGAGAUCUAUCAUCAGCUGCAAGCAGCAAGCUACGCUGAGUGGCUGGAGAAAUCCACAACGAGUCCCAACGACGCUACUGUUCAUCGCGGGCUGAUGAUCCUACGAGACGUCCUCUACAAACCUUUGGGAUACGAUUUGUCAUUCGGUCCGCAUGAACAUGCAGAGAAAAAUUUGUGCAACUCCUACCUCGGAAGCUACCGCACGGUGCACCGGAAAGCAAUUUUGCAGUCCAAGAGCAUCGACUGCUCGAAGCAGGGGAUUCGAGUUUUGCUAGAGGGACAGCGCAUUGAUGGGAUCGUGUUCUCCGGGCCAGGGACCAACAUUCACCUGAUCGAUUUUCUCAUCGUUUUUCACAGCGGAGCUCCGGGAGUCAAUUCUGUGGACGGGUUGUUCAUCUUUCCGCGCAAAGCUAUUGAAGCUAACCUCAAUACGCGAGAAGACAAUUAUUGCCCGUCUUUUUCCGUGUAUCCACCGUUUAUCCCCGCUCGUUUUUCAGCGGGGGAAAGAGCAAAGCGCUGGCAGGCGCCGUACUACAUAGACUUGACCGAUGUCGAAGCGGAUAGAGAAAAAGCAGCCGCCGCUGUUGAUAAGGCGAGAAAGAUUUUUGAAGCGCACACACCAGUCAUUCCUGACGAAGACCACUUUGCGCAUCAAAAAGGUGAGUGCCAUGAUCGAGAGCAGGUUCUAGCUGCUUGCCACAAAGGAUAGGAGGCGUUGCCCUGACUCGCUUUUACGGGCCAUCACUUCUCGUGCCUGUUCCAGGACUGUGUUCAGGUUUUUUCUGUGCCCUGUCAUUCAACCAAUCUGCAACUUCCUCAAUGAUAAAUCAC